AUGGCUUUCUCUUUGGUUCCAGAUAAACCCGAGCCUCCAGCUGAAGGGGCUGAACUCAGUCUAGUGCACAGCACAGGGGUGAGAGGGGUGAGGAGGAGUGAGGGAGGCAACAAGCAAGACGGGAAACCAUGUCGGACACCAAGUUUUAUUCUCCUACACGCCUCUCCUGCUACUACGUUUCACGCAACAGGCUGCAACACCAAUGUGGAGUACACGCUGAAGAACAGUACCACCUGUAACUGUGCCUAUCUGCUCCCGACUUUCAUGCCGAGACCGAGGAUGAAGAAGCAAAACGUCCGGACGCUGUCGCUAAUCCUCUGCAUGUUCUCCUACUUGCUGGUCGGCGCCGCGGUGUUUGACGCUCUGGAGUCCGAGUCGGAGAGCUCCCGCAGACGCAUCUUGGAGCAGAAGCGCAACGAGAUGAAGAAGAAGUACCGCUUCUCCGAGGACGACUACCGCGAAAUCGAGCGAGUGGUGCUGCAAGCUGAGCCCCACCGCGCCGGGAGACAGUGGAAAUUUGCUGGCUCUUUUUACUUUGCCAUAACAGUCAUCACCACCAUUGGUUAUGGACAUGCAGCACCGGGCACAGAUGCAGGAAAGGUCUUCUGCAUGUUCUACGCUGUACUGGGCAUUCCUCUGACUUUGGUCAUGUUCCAGAGCCUGGGAGAAAGGAUGAACACAUUUGUCCGCUACCUUCUACAUAAGAUGAAGCAGUGCCUGGGCUUUCGACACACUGAGGUGUCCAUGGAGAACAUGGUCCUGGUGGGCUUCCUGUCCUGCAUUGGAACGCUGUGUGUCGGGGCUGCAGCCUUUUCCCACUUUGAAAGAUGGAGCUUCUUCCAUGCUUACUACUACUGCUUCAUCACACUCACCACUAUUGGCUUUGGGGACUUUGUGGCCCUGCAGAAAAAGGAGGACCUCCAGGAAAAAACGCCCUAUGUGGCGUUCAGCUUCAUGUACAUCCUGGUGGGACUAACUGUUAUUGGAGCCUUCCUGAACUUGGUGGUGCUUCGCUUCCUCACCAUGAACACUGAGGAUGAGAGGAGAGAUGCUCAAGAGAGAGCGUCACUGAAGAGGGACAGAGGCCUUUUGGAUGGGGCUCUGGAUCUCCAUGUUGUAGGGGAACAGAGCAGAGACAUCCACAGAGAGAGGAACAGGAGCAAUGUGGCGCACAGUCGCAACCACAGUGCGCUCUUCCUCCCGAUGGAGGAAGGAACCAGCCGCACCAACCUCAUUGCUUCCCCAGUGGAGGAUCAGGAGAGACAAAGAAGCCCCUGCAGACACAGGCUGCAUUUUCAGAUCAAGGCAGGCAGACGCAGGCCGGAGUCCAGCCUCAGCUCCCUCUGCUCCUGUGUGUGCUACCGCUUAGGGAUUUGUGAUAGUCCUCUUAUGUCCCACAGUGAACACCACGGCUGCCAUAUCAAUUCUGUUUACUACAACUCAGUCUCCUAUAAGAUCCAGGGCUGUUCACCAGGUUCCAGGGACAACACUGCACUCUCUUCCCCAGGAAGCACGCUCUCACCUGGGCAUAGCUUCCGGGAGUUCCCUCGUUCAAGGAGAAGGUCCGUGUAAAGAACUCUAAAGAACCACUUUAGAUUUGGCAGAAAAAUAGGACUGAUCCAGUGGUACAGAGGAAAAAGGGUGCCAGAAUGAGGUUAAUAAAACUACUUUUAGUGAAAUUAUAACAGGAAUUAUGGUGAGUAACUGACUUACAGUAGAUGAUAAACCCAGUAAGCAAUUAUUUGGUGAUUUGCACGUCAACAAAACUUGUGGAUGUGGAGGUUAAAAUGGGUAAAAUCUGGUUGACAUGUUUUUAGACAUCCGGGUUACAUAUAAGUGUUGUUUCAACAACAUAUUUUAAUAUGUAGUUAUGAUCCACUUCACACUAAAUUAUAGUCAUUGAAAUACUAUUGAAAUUGAUACAAUAGUUAUAUGUAACCACAUUUAAACCAAAUUUAGCAUGCUUUUAACCCAGAAGUUUGACAUUUUUUGAUCCACAAGUCACCAAAUCAAUGCUUGCUGGGGAAAUACCAGUGGUCGGAUAUAACUAAGUAAAUUUACUCAAGUAUUGUAUGUGAGAAAAACUUGAGAUACUUAUACCUUGAGUAUUUCCAUUUCACACCAUUUUUUACUUCUGGCAAAUAUUGUAUUUUUUACGUAAGUGACAUUUUCAAUGCAGGACUUUUACUUAUCCUGGGCUUGUCUCUUUACUAAGGUGCACACUUUGGUCUGGAUUAAAAUCCAGCCCAGGAGCCUUUACGGUAUUAUGUCUUCUAACUCUCCCAAGUAUUCCUGUCUGUUUGAGCUAUGAAGUAAAUAAUGAAAAGGCUAUAAACAACAGAAAGAAAAUACCUCCAUUAUCGAGUGCAGCAUCCAAUAUUUCAAGUCAUUAAACAACACACCUUCUCUACUGGCAGGAGAUAAAAUCA